AUGUAUUUAAUAUCGGCCCGCGGAAAACGUGCGGUGCGGUCUGCGCGUAACAUUUUAACGGCCGUACAGACGCGCGCCGCUCAACCGUACGACGAGCCCGGCGGUUUACCGGCCGCGAACCGUUCGGCGUUGUUAACGGUCGACGCGACAAUGGGGACGGUCGCCUGUGCUCCGUUCCCGGCCACGGUCUUGUCGAAUCGAUUAAAUCACCUGCACGGCGUACGCGAGUUCGGCGAACGCGCAGUGUACGACACCGGACGAACGCGGCGAUCUGCGGCGCGGCUGAAAGGCCGCGUCGACAAGGAAGCGAGACGCGACCCGGACGACAAUACGGUCUCGCACAUCGGGCGGAUAGCCCAAGCGGACGGGUCUGACGGGCGCGAAGUACCGUUUUAG